AUGUCAUCAUUAAGUAAUGGAACAAAUACUGUCGAUUCUUUAGCUGAAGUCUUUCGUUGUUUCAUUUGUAUGGAAAAAUUAUCAGAUGCUCGUCUUUGUCCACAUUGUUCAAAACUUUGUUGUUAUCCAUGUAUCCGAAGAUGGCUUACUGAUCAACAUCAACAAUGUCCACAUUGUCGAGCUACUCUUCGUUUACAUGAUCUUGUUAAUUGCCGAUGGGCAGAAGAAGUAACAUCUCAACUUGAUAGUUUAAAAAUUAAUGAAAUGACCAAACAGAAACUUGAAGAAAAAGACAAAUGUGAACUACAUAAAGAAACAUUAACAGUCUACUGUUCAUCAUGUUCAAAAUGUAUUUGUCAUCAAUGUGCCUUAUUUAAUGUGACCCAUACAGGCCAUCAUUUUCUUCCACUUGAUGAUGUUUAUAAAACAAAUAUAUCUAUUAUCAAUGAACGUCUUGGACAAUUGAAACGACGUCAUGUUGAACUUGUUUGUUUCAUACAAGAUAUUGAAAGAAAUUUUGAAAAUGUAAAAGUUGGCAAAGAUGAAAGAUUUCGUGAAAUAAGAAAUGUCAUGUAUACAAUGCAACUGAAUCUUGACGAACAAUUCAAAAUGAAAUUGAAUACACUUAAUAUUCAACGUACUCAAAUGACAAGUCAAACUGAAUUCAUUGAACAUGCUCUUCAUGAUGUUGAACAUCGUCUAUCUAGUAAUGGCAAAGCUGAAGUCAUUGAGAAACAACAAGAUUUACUUAAUUCUAUUCAAAUGGUUUAUGAAAAAUCGAAGAGAAUUUUUGUUCCAACACCUAUUUCAUAUGAUUUUCCCAGUGAAGUCGUUCCUCGGUUUAAUUCAAGUAUAUUUAUUAUAAGAAAUUUUUCCAUUCUUCAACAAGCCGCUGAUCCUCUGUAUAGUCAAUCAUUGCAUGUCAAUGGUUUAACAUGGCGUUUAAAAAUCUAUCCCAAUGGUAAUGGUACUGUAGAAGGUAUUUAUCUAUCUGUAUUUCUUGAAUUAACCAGUGGUUUAAACGAAUCAUCGAAAUAUGAAUAUCGUAUUGAAAUGAUUCAUCAACUUAGCAAAGAUACAUCGAAGAAUAUUAUUCGAGAAUUUACAUCGGAUUUCGAAAUCGGAGAAUGUUGGGGUUAUAAUCGAUACUUUUUACUCAAUGCAUUGAUAUCAGAAGGCUUCCAUAAUACAGUGAAUGAUACAUUAAUAUUACGUUUUCAUGUGCGACCACCAACAUAUCAACAAGAAUCUCGUGAUCAGCAAUGGUAUAUUAAAUAUUUAGUGAAUGAUAAUCAACAAUUAAAUAACGAAAUAAAAAGUUUACGUGAAAAAGUUCUUUCACUAACGGCAAACGAAAAUUCAAAUACAGAAAUAAAUCAUGAAGAAGAAAAUCAAAUUGAAACUGUGAUUGAUAUCGCCGACAAGGAUGACGAUGAUGAGGAUGAAUAUACGUCAAUCGAAUCAGCUCAAAUGAAUUAUACUGACGAUGAUGAUGAUGAAAAUGUCUUCAUAGAAAAUGAUAUUGGACAAGGUUCAAAUUUAUCAUCCAGCGAUCAAUCGCUACGCUCGGAACAAAAUAUUCCUGAAGAAUAUUCUCAUCGACUCAAUGAAAUUCCAACGACUAGAUCAACAAUUUUAGAAACUGCGAAAUCAAAUUCCACAGCAGCAUAUGAUUCAGUAUUAUUCAAUGAAAUAUCACCAUUUACAUCUGAGGAAAAUUUUAUACUUGCUGACAUUUUAGAACAUAGUGCAAAUGAAGAACAAAAUAUAAUGCUACAUUUAAAUGAUAAUCAACCAACAUUUUCAUCUGUAUUCACUGAAACGACACACAAUAAUAACAAUCAAUCAGGAAUUAUGUCCAGUGAAUUUCUUGUCUAUCAUCGUCCGCAUUAUGAAACUUCGUUUAACAAUUUCAUUCUACGAAAUUCUCAAAAUUCUCAUUCAGAAACAUCGACUGGUCAUGAUUAA